UCAAAUGCGGCACCCCUGGUGCCACACGAUCCGGGAUCCUCGUCGGCUUGGCCCCGACUGGGCCUCAGCCAUCUCCACUACGCCAGUCAGCUCGUGCAAUCCGCUUUCGGAUUCCGGCAACGAGAAUUCUCGCUGGAGCCUGUGCGGCUUAAGCACCGCCUCCGGCCAUGACGACUGCAACAUUAGCGGUGGCGGCGGCGAUUCCACUCGAGGCCGUGCGGCUUGUGUCCUCCUUCCAGGUGCAUAUCACGGUGACGGUCUGCAGACAUCGUGUAUUCAUCGUCCGAAUUUGUCAGCGGCACCGGUGAACGUCUCGUCUCGUCUCGUCCUCCGACUCGGAGAAGUCGGAUAGGCCACCGAUCGCUUCGUCUUCGCGCUCAUCUGCCUCGGCCAGCGAUCAUGGCAUUGAUUCGACGGAGUCCGCGCGUGGUCGGCCCAAAAAACGGACCACCGUGUCGUGGCAUCCUUCAUGACAUCAGCCCUAACGCGUCCGCCGGGCUCGGAGGCUUUUUUAAAAGACCUCGUAAAUUGCGUUCCGUUGUCGGUUAUCAAUACUUUUGGUACUUCGAACUUUGCGUCUGUAUUUAAAAUCUUUUUUUUCCUGCACGCGUGCACUUUUCCUUUUGUUCGCCUCCAAAUCUCGACUGUCUCACUUUCAACUGACCUCUAAAAAUUGGUCCUUUUUCUACCUUCUUUUCAAAUUUUACAUACUUAUUAAACUUCUACCAUAACCUGACCGCCAGGUGGCGCUGAGCACUCCACUCUUCCCUUCGAAAGGUGAUGCUAAAUUAACUUAUCGAUAUAUUCGCCAACCAUUACAUAAUUUAUGUCAUUGCAAAGGAGUAGAAUCGGCUUGUGGUAAAGUAUGUGACAGGCAAGGGGGAGUAUUUGCGUCUCUAUAUAGUAUAUAUAUUCUUGAUCAACAUGAAUAGUAGAGUUCGUUUAAACAAAUCCGUUUGCCAGUCUAAAUGAAAAAGUCGAUCUCAGAGAUUAAAAGUAAUCAUAUAUCAAUAAGAAGUUGCAGUUUUUUUAUUUGAUCGAUAACUGCCUUGGUUUCAAUUACUUAUCGAUAAGAAUC